CUGUAGCUAUAUUUCAAGAAGAAGGCAAAUGGCAAGAUGUAAAGAUUGCUAUGAAGUCUCAGCUGACCAAGCAGCAAUAUAUAUACGGUAACAUACUUGGAUAUGACACCAGUCGACUAAUAUCUGUUCUAUCAUGUUUUCAGCCAGGAUGUUCACGAGAGUACUGGUUUUAUGUGCCAGAAUGUGCUCAGCUAGCAUCUGAUACAUUUAACAUACCAAUAGCAGCAUUUAGUGAGGAUUCUACGUCAAGUCUUUUUUUUUUGCCAUUCGAUAAAAAGCCUGGGCGUCGUAAAAAGCCUAUCAUUUUGCAUUGGCACGGAAAAGAUCAUGUCGUAUUGGUUAAACUCAAGCAACAUAGGGAUAUACAAGUUCCACAUUUAAACCCUCAAUAUAUACCUAUUUGCCGACGCUUAGGCUUUUCUGAAGAUUGGCAUUCUCUUUUUGUAUAG